AUAGCUGAAGAGUCUGCCCUGAACCUCAAACACUGGAUAUUAACCCUCGGGUCCUGCCCGCCCUCCUGCAGCUCGUGUCUGCUGGCAGGUCGUGGGUGGACAUCUGUUCAGUUGGAGAGGAGUUUCUCUCUGAGGCAGGGCAUUCUUCAUGCAGCUGUGUGCUUGUGUGUGAUUUGGCCAAGCUGAAACCUCCAUGGCAGACCUGAAGAGAGCUUCCAGCUGGGGCUGAUCUCCUGUGCUGCCACCUGGGCAGCCUGGCUGUGACCAAGCAGGAGGUGGAUCUUCUGCCAGGACUUGCUUUCCCCCUCGAAUUUGGCUCGUGAAGCACAAAGCCGAGCUCGUGCUUCGACUGCGCGUGAGGCAGCGGCUCCCGGCCGGGGACGCGGCUCUGGCUCCUGCUGCUCCCCUCGUGCUUGCUCCAGUGGCUCUCUGGUCCCUGCGUGGAGUUACACCUGGGUGGGAUGCGGUCUGUGCAUCCCAGCUGUCAGAGGGAGCCCUAAGGUUUCUCUGCCAGCCCCGUUUUCUAGCCCUGCUGUCCCAGUACCCCUGUGGUGGGCAAGAGCUGAAGGUUUGGCUGCUGCGUCCUAGGGCCCGAUGGUGCAGGUGCUGGGGGCUGUGUCCUGCACGGGAGGGUUUGCUGCGAGUACCCAGAUAGGCAAAGCUCUGUUGUAAUAAGGUUGUGUGAUCUUGUGAGAUCCAAACCCGGAGGCAACGUGACUUGCAAAUCAGGGAGUGGGUGUCGUUUGCAGCGGGGCAGGGUGCAGCUGAGACGUGAAAUGGGACCUAAGUGCAGGCCCUGAUUUCAGUCUGUCAUUUUGCACCUCAAUUACUGGCUUUGGAGGCGAGUUCGCAUCAAGAUCUCAGAUAGACAGAAGCAGCAGAAUGUGUGAAGGGCCGUCCAGGAUUUCUGGACCCAUUCCUCCAGACCCUACCCUCUUCCCGGACUAUUACAGACGCCCUUUCUCAGCUCGAGGGAGGCUGGAAGGGAAUGCUCAGCAGCUGGAUUUUACCUCCCAGCCCCUGGACUCAGCUCUCAGCUCACGCCAUGCUCCGAGCAGCGCCCGCCAGCCCCUGCCAGCCCCUCGCAUUCGCCCCAGCGGAAGGGACUUCUUGGAGAAGGGGCAGAAGGGGACGCUCGGCCUCCUGCUGCAGCUCGACGGGCUCUCCCUUGGUGGGGGUCUGCCGGCAAAGAGGAACGAGUCCAAGGACCACGAGAAGGAAAACGUGAGGCGAAUUAAGGAGAUUCAGAAGAAGUGCAAAGAGAGGGAGCGAGCCCAGGAGCACGGCCAGCCCAAGCCCGUGAAAGCUCUGUGGAAAUCCCAGAAAUACGAAAACGUGGAGUCAAAGGUGAAGGCCAGACUGCAGGAGAGCUCCCCACCUCCGAACCCAGAGGCUCUGAAAUUCCUGCGGGCGUAUUCUCGCUGCGGCCCCGGGAUCAGGCCGGGCAGGCCGCACUCCCCAGGCCCUGCCAGAAUGAAAGCAGGGGCAGGCACUGAGGCUCUGCAGGCGCUGCGUCCUGAAACCAAGAUGCAGGUGGAGGGCAAUAGCAUCGACUUCAUCAAGCACAACGCCCGCAACGCCAAGCGGGCCCCGCUGCGGCGCUCCCACUCACUGCAGGCGCUGGCUGAGCUGCUGGGACAGAAGCAGCGGGAGCAGGAGGAGUACAACGCCAAGCAGAAGGGCCACGUCCCCCAGUACCUGCUGGAGAGGAAGGAGCAGUGGCGCAGGCAGAUGGAGGAGCAGCUGCGGAGCCGGCCGGAUCCCGACACUCCACCCGGCCAUACCAUGAUGCCCGAGGGCCAGCGGCUGGAGACGCUCGGCAAUCUGAAGCAGAGCCAGGAGCAGCUGAUAAAGGACCUGUUGAUGCUGCCGAUGCGUGCAGACACCCUCAGCAUUCAGAAGAGGCGGGUGGAGCUGGAGAGGAAGCUCUCCCAGAUAGAGGAGGCCCUCAAAAUUUUCUCCAGGCCCAAGGUCUUCAUCAAGCUGGACUCCUGAGCCCACGGGGCUGCGAGCGGUGCGCUGCUCUGCGUGAGCAUCCCAGGGAAGGGAAGGAGAGGAAGGCAGAUCCAGGACCCUGUGCCUGCAGUGGUGUCGGUACCGUGUGCGACGUGCGGUUGGCACCUCUCGCUCUUGCUCCCGGCGCUGUGUCUCAUCCAGGGAAAUGGGAGGGAGAGGAGCUAAUUGACUCUGCUGUGCAGCGUGGAGAACAGUUGUCCCCGUGCUGGUUGACUUCUCACAGAGAUCAGCCGUCUGUUUGGAAUCGAUGGGGUAGAUCUCAUCGCGUCUUGUUUUCCCAUUUCUAGAAACUGGCAGGAGGUCCCCAUGCUGCUGCCUCCGGAGUUGCUUGUCCUUCUGUUUCCCCCAGGGCACGGCUCAUUCUGGGCACUGCAGACUUGGCUGCACUCAGGGCCUGUGCCCCAGGCUCCGUGCUGCUCCAUCCUAAGCACGCAGCCGGUGCCUCUGCGUCCUCUGUCCUGCUGCGUGCGCUCAGUAGCUCAAGGACAGCAAAAAGGCACAGAGCUCCAGCACUUCCCACUCAGAGAAGGGCUGGGGUAGAAGGAGGGACCUGCUGGGGUGCCUGGAGAAGCUGCUGUCUGUGGGGCAGGAUGCGCUCCAAUAAAGCGUGGUUUUCCUCCACUGGUGUGACCUGUUGGGCUCAGUGGGGCCUCAGGAGUGGUGGUGGGCAGCAGAAAGCAGCAGUGCUGAUGCAGUGCAGCCAGGAGAGCUGUGAGACCCCAAAGUGAGCAGAGCACGGCCAGGCACGUGCCAUUGUGCAGGUGAGCUCUGCCUCUGUACCAUCAAAUGCCCCAUAGGGACUUCAGCAGCUCUAUGUAGGGAUCCUGCUUUGUGGAGCAAAGGAAGGUUCAGCCCAGAGGGCAUCACUGGAGGGUUCUGGUCCAUCUGCUGCCCAGAGCAGGGCCAGCUGCACAGCUUAGGGCCUUAUCCAGCUUGCUUGGGAAAAUCUCUGCCAGCACUGCAAAUGCUGCGUGCAGCUGCACUGCUGCAGGCUUUCCCCCAUCCCAGGGCAGGAUCUGGGGCUUACCAGGGUGGUGAGAUGUUGCCGAGCAGCCUCAUCCUGUGCCCUGGGCUGUUGGGGGACAGUGCUGCUGCCAAGCCCCGAGGAAGCUUGGGGGGUGGAGGAGGCGAGGUACCAGCCAGGAAAUGGCCCCACUCCUCCUCGGGGCUGUCCCUGGGGCAUCACCACCAUGCUGCGAGCAGCCCCAGCCCUGCUGCAGUGCACUCCCUGCCAUAAACAAGCCCUGACUAACCAGCUCUGCUGUCUGCAUCUCUCUCCUGCCUGUCUGGGGCCCGGCUCAGUGGCCACAGGGAGCUGCGCCCAGCUCAGCCCUCGCAGUCCCAUAGAGCUGUGGGUCCUCCUCCCCUUGUAAGUCAGAUGUCACCGCACAGCAGCACCCACGACAGGACUCUGCUUGCCCUGGGUGCAAGGGCUCGCUGUGCCCAAAGCAGCCUGAGCACAUGCUGUAGUACAGCUCUGCGAUUAGCCUCGCCGGACUCACCCAGAGAGCAGCAAAGCCACGUGUGUGCAGAAUUGUGAGGGACACACCUGCCCCAUCCCACAGCACCGAACCCAUUUGCUGUCCUGGAGGGAGACUUUGCUGGCCCCUGCAGCAACGCGAAUGAUGGACAAACGGGGCGUUUUCUAGAAAAGGUUUUACUGUCCAUUGCAAUAUAUUACUUGAUGAUG